CUCUACCCUUUGCUAAAAAAAACUCCACAAAAAAGCCCCAGAUAUGGCUCGAAGACUGGUCUUGGACUGUGGGAUUAGCAUUAUCGCUUCUCACUCUCCAUUUAUCCCUUCCAAAUUCGCACAAAAUCCCCUCAAUUUCCAGCUUAUUCGACCCGUCUUUCUCUCUCUAAACCUCAGGAAUCCGGGUCUAUAUAUCAAGCCCUUCUUCUCGGCGUCUUCAUCAAACCCUAGAUUUGACUCCAUUAGAACCACUGAGAUCUCCGAUGGCAGUGUUUUGUUCCAUUUCGGUGAUGCUGAUGCUUCGGUGACUGACUUGUCUAAACCUGGUAUGGAAAGUUCAGUGAUUGGGUUUGAAUCGAAAGAGAGUUUGGGUUUGAAUUCUCAGAAAGGAGUUAAUGUAGAGGACGUAAAAUCGGUCAUUGAGGAUAGAGGAUCAAUCAUCAGUGACGGUGAAUCAAUUGCGGAAGAGACAGAUUUGAUUGUGGAUGAAAGAGGAUUGAUUGUAGCAGAGAGAGAAUUGAUUGCUGAGGAGUCAGAUUCAAUUUCAGAGGAGAGAGAAAUGGUCGUGGAAGAUAGAGGUGAUCUUGGUUCCGAAGGUUUUGAUCAAGGGUCACAGCCUGUUGCGGAGGGAGGUGACUUGUGGGUUUGGGACGAUAAACCUGAAAAUGGAAAGCUUUCCCCUAAUUCUGCUGAAAUCAAGAAUGGUUCAGAGAAAGAUACGAUUGAUGACUCGUCUGACAUGGAGGUUCAAAGAAAAGCCAAUGGAGAUCCUGUCUCUGUGUUGUUGGCAUCUGAAGAAGAUCGGGAUUUGCUAACUAAUGGUUCCGUGGAAAAUUUCAAUGAUCAUUCAAUGGAAUAUGCAGAGAAAUCUGCAAAGUUUGAAGGAGCUUGGAUGGGGGUUUCAAAUGAAUCUUCUCUCCCAGACCUCAAACCUGUUAUUCACUUAGAAACGGGUUCUAUUUCUAUGGAAGAGAGCUCAGAGGAGGUCCCUUCGGAUGAUUCUGUGAUGGAUGACAUGAUCCAGACAUCAACUGAAGCUGACAGUGUCAUUGCAGAACCAGAGAGGUCUGAAGUUGUUCAACCUCCGGUUGUGGAGAACAAUGUAGAGAAAAAUGGUGAUGAACUGGUUGCAAUGCCAAGAUAUUGCCUGCUCUCAGGUGCUGUAGUGCUUCCACACCCUUCUAAGGCAUUGACAGGUGGGGAGGAUGCUUAUUUUGUGGCAAAUAAUAGUUGGUUUGGGGUGGCUGAUGGAGUUGGUGGGUGGAUACUUGAAGGAAUCAAUUCGGGAUUAUAUGCUCAGGAGCUCAUGCAAAAUUGCUUGGAGUUUGUCUCUGAACGUGGAGGUUUGGCAACAACUGAACCAGAUCAAAUUCUUAUAAGAAGUGCUGCAAGAACACGUUCUCCUGGUUCAUCUACUGUUUUGGUUGCUAAGUUUGAUGGUCAGGUUCUUCGUGUGGCAAAUAUUGGGGAUUCUGGCUUUCUUGUUCUAAGAAAUGGUUCUAUACUUAGAAGAUCAUCUCCUAUGGUACACGCAUUUAAUUUCCCUUUGCAGAUAGGAAGUGGAGAUGAUCCUUCGCCACUAAUAGAGACUUACGAAGUUGAUUUAGAAGAAGGUGAUGUGAUCAUUGCUGCAACAGAUGGCCUUUUUGACAACCUGUAUGAGCAAGAUAUAGCAAGCAUUGUUUCUGAUGGCUUACAAGGCAGUUUAAGACCUGAGGACAUAGCAGGCAUAUUAGCUCAGAGGGCACAGGAGAUAGGGAGGUCACCAACAGUGAGAAGUCCCUUCUCGGAUGGAGCUCAAGCAUCAGGUUACUCAUCUUAUACUGGUGGCAAGCUUGACGAUGUGACAGUCGUCGUUUCUUUGGUUAAAAAGUUCAAUUUAGCUUAGAGGGCAGGAUAUAGGAGGUCACCAACAGUGAGAAGACCCUUCCAGGAUGGAGCUCAAACAUCAGCUUACUACUCUUAUGCUGGUGGCAAGCUUGGUGAUGAAACAGGCAUCAUUCCUUUGGUUGAAAGUUCAAUUUCUUGUUAACUCCAGUAUUCUUGUAUGUAUCAUUAUAAUUUUGGCUCUUAUUUUUGACAGUCCAUUCCUGUACAUACCUUUAUCUGUAUUUAUUUGAUUAAUUAAGAUUUUGUUUUAAUGAAUCCUUCAUAGUGAUGUUGAUUGCUGAA